AUACUCCACAUACUUAUUUUAGUAAGUAUCAAAAAUGGCAACUACUGUGAUAACAUUUUUAACGCUUCUUGCCCCCAUUUGGAGCCUACAACCACUAACUCCGACACAGUACCACGGUAUCUAUCAGCUAAGCGAUCCUGCAAUUAAAGCCGAUUGUCCCAUAUGGGACUACAGAAACAACAUCCUUUACUUUGUCAGCAUUUACGAAGGAGAAAUCCAUAGAUAUGAUUUUUUCAAACAAGAGUUUUCUUCUAUUUUUCUAGAUGGUGAAGUCGCUCCUGUUAUUCCUUCUGUAAGAGACUCCAAUCUCUUAAUAGUGGGCUUGAAUAGGUCUGUGGCUGCCGUCGAAUGGGAUGGAGUUUCAGAACCCAGCGAGACACGAAUUUUAACGACUCUAGCCCCUGAUUUUCCUACUAGCAGAGUUAACGAUGGCAAAGCUGACAAAGAAGGUAACUUGUGGAUCGGUACCACGAGCUAUGAGGGUCCUAACGAAGGAAUCCUGUACCAAGUGACUUGUGAAAAUCUGGACUCUCCUCGAAUCGAAAUAGCUCCUGUUAAUAUAAGCAACGGUCUUACUUGGAACGCUGCCAACGACAAGUUCUUCUACAUAGAUGCAGGAAGCACACAAGUCGUCGAGUAUUCUUACAACGAUGAAACUGGUGAAAUUAGCAAUCGCAGGGUUGUUUUCGACGUGAACGACCACACCGAGCAGGUUAUUGGAAGUCCACAUGGGAUGACUAUCGACGAAGACGACAAUCUAUGGGUAGCGCUCUAUGGUGGUGGUGCUGUUGUCAGAGUUAAUUCGUCAAAUGGCGACAUUUUGAAUAUCGUAAGCUUUCCAACUUUGGGUGUAACUUCAGCCACAUGGGGAGGACCGUAUUUGGAUAUGCUUUAUGUAACAAGUUCUAGGAUUAGUUUGACAAAUGAGCAAAAGUUAGGACAACCGGCUCCAGGAACUGUGUUUUUUGUAGUGGGCUUAGGUACAAAAGGACGUCCUGCUUACUUUGUGGAUAUACUGGACUCGAUUGAUAAGGAAUGUGAGAAGAAGAUGCAUAUUUAAGAAUGAAUAAGAUUGUUAUGAAUUGUAAUAAUAAUAAAAAUAUUUACACAUUUACAAA